UCUACGAUAAGCUACGUAAUCUAUGCUGUAUGCAACGGUCAUACGAGCGAUGAUUUUCAAUAGUGUUUUGAUGCUGUCACAAAUAGUCUGCAGUAUCACUAUUCCAACUGUCUUACGCCACAUCGCAUAUUUGGAAAGUUUUAAUCUUUAUCAAGCUUCCCGUGGCAGUGUUGGAUUCUAAAGAACGCUACUCAAAAAUAAAUUUAAAAACCCACAACAUAACUUCUUCGCACAAUGGAACGAAAGCGUUCGAUAAGACGUCGUCAAAAACCACCAUUUGCAGAGCGAGCGAAGGAUCAUUGCCGAAAUUUCACGGCUUUUAUGUUCAGCAAUGUCGGAAUUAUAUUCCUCGUAGUGUUGUACAUGAUAGCAGGUGCGUUCAUGUUCAUCGCGAUAGAGGGCAAUGAAGCACUGGAAAGGUUUGCUCAAAUACCGUUUAAGCGGAACGAAACUGCUAUGAGACUGUGGCAAAUAUCUUGCUGUGAAGUGAAUGUGUUCAACAAAAGUGUCUUCGAGGAGAAAGUAGGAAAUGAAAUACGUGCUUAUCAAGAAAAAAUAGUACUCUGGGCACGGCGGGGCUGGCAGGGUAGCGACAUCACAUUGGAGAGUGAAAGCCCCUGGAGUUUUUCUGGAGCAUUUCUUUACUCGCUAACAGUAAUUACUACGAUAGGGUACGGUAAUAUCGUUCCUCGCACCGAGUGGGGGAAAAUAGCAACGAUAUUUUAUACAAUAAUCGGGAUGCCGUUGUUUCUUCUCUACCUCUCUAACAUUGGUGAUAUUCUGGCUAAAUCAUUUAAAUGGAUAUAUGCAAAGUUUUGUCUAUGUCGUGUAUGUCCUGGAGUCGCCAGAAGAAGAGCAAUGCGAGCAAGACGAAGAGCGCGUACAGAAGAGAGAGACUACUCGUCGGAAAUGGGUGAUAAUGGAUUCGACACUAAUACCAUCACGACGUCCAAUGUUGAUGAAGAAAUCGAGGAAGAAAUCACUGCCGAGACGAACACCGUCACUGUUCCAAUAACUAUUUGUAUUAUGAUAAUGAUAGGAUACAUAUUUUUUGGAGCUCGUCUUUUUGCCGAUUGGGAAAACUGGGAUAUACUUGACGGCAGCUAUUUCUGUUUCAUCUCCCUAAGCAGCAUAGGUUUUGGUGAUAUCGUUCCAGGCGCAUCGCUACAAACGAAGGGAGAUACUAAAAUGGAAAUCAGUUUCAUCCUUUGUGCCGUCUAUUUAUUACUCGGUAUGGCGUUAAUUGCAAUGUGCUUUAAUUUAAUGCAGGAACAAGUUAUCUACAAAAUUCGAUCACUUAAAAAGUGUGUCAGAGGAUGCUUCCGUUGUGCUAAAGCGGUGCCAGUACCAGUCGACGAACCUGAAAGCUAGAUCAACGCGCGAUCAACCGAUCUUACCGACUAUCGAAAGAAAAAACUAAACUGCAAGCCAUCAAAGACAUAAUAUAUGACGAUAUACCAGUGCCCAGUUAAGACACAUUUGAGUUAUAGUGCAAUAAUUAAUGUAUUGAUUAAUAUUAUGUAAAACGUAGGUUUUUGGCCAAAUCCAUACAUUCCAACACCUUGUAAAAAUCAAUAAAUUUGUAGACGUACGUCUACAUUCCCGAUAAU